CGGCGGACGGCGGCCUGGCGCUCUGGGACGUGCGCUCCUUCAGCCUCUACCGAUCUGGGAAAGUUAAAGAUGGUUCUUUGAUGGCAUGUGCAUUUUCUCCCAAUGGAAGUUUCUUUGUCACUGGAUCAUCAAGUGGUGAUUUAACCAUUUGGGAUGAUAAAAUGAGAUGCCUGUAUAAUGAAAAAGCACAUGAUCUUGGCGUUACCUGCUGUGAUAUUUCUUCACAUCCAGUAUCUGAUAGUGAAAAUGGAUUCAAAUACUUCCAGAUGGCUUCCUGUGGACAAGAUAAUCAGAUCAAACUCUGGCUUAUUUUGUUUGCAGAUUUCUUAGGUGUUCAGUUAAAAUAUAAAUGCACACUGAAUGGGCACUCUGCCCCAGUUCUGGCUUGUGCAUUUUCGUGUGAUGGACAGAUGAUAGUCUCGGGGUCUGUGGACAAGUGCGUCAUAAUCUAUGAAACUAGUACUGGCAAUAUCCUUCAUACUUUGUCUCAGCAUACGAGAUACGUUACAACUUGUGCUUUUGCACCACAUAGUGCCUUACUUGCCACAGGCUCAAUGGAUAAAACUGUGCACAUAUGGCAGCUUGACCUUAAGCAAUCCUGUGCAGGAGAUAUUGUAGAAAAUGAAUCAAAGGUGGCUGUUGAAAACUGGUCAGAGGAUGAUGUUUCAGCCUGGCUCUGUGCACAGGAUUUAGCAGACUUCGUUGGGCUUUUUAAAAUGAAUAAUAUUGAUGGCAAGGAGCUGCUGAAGCUUACUAAGGAAAGUCUUGCUAAUGAAUUAAAAAUUGAGUCUCUAGGCCUACGCAGUAAAGUUCUCCAGAAAAUUGAAGAACUGAGGAGGACAACGAUCUCGGUUUCUGUUCCGGAUGAGUUCCUAUGUCCAAUAACAAGAGAGCUUAUGAAGGAUCCUGUCAUUGCCACAGAUGGCUAUUCCUAUGAAAGAGAAGCAAUGGAAAACUGGAUCAGCAACAGGCGAUCUAGUCCCAUGACGAAUCUUCCUCUCCAGUCUCUUAUGCUCACACCAAACAGGACACUAAAAAUGGCCAUUAGUCGCUGGCUAGAGACUCAGCAGAAAUAGUUAAACCACUUAAUUUUGAAGUUGUUUGUUAAAAUUAAUUAAAAGUUUAUGCAGCUGAAGGAAUUAAUUGUAUCAGGAAGAAAUGGAAAGAAAAAGUUGUGUUUCUCUUCUAAUCUGUGGCUGGUACAUCCUUCACCGGUGGAAACUCCCAGAAAAACUUUUAAGUUCCUGGUAGUUCUACCUUGUGGUAUUUUUGUUUAAGAAUCAAGUACUCAAACUCAAUUUUUCAAAUAAAGCUUUCUUAAAAUUUUUAUGAGUUUUGAGUCUUCAUCUUGCCAAGUCAAGUCUUUCAGCAGGUAAGAAAUAGCAAAGUAUAGGAUCUGUAUUUUUUUUUCCACUCUAAUAAACCGAAAUGUGCCUAUCUUACUCUGUUCCUCAUUACUGGACACGUAGCUUGAAAAGCUGGGAGAGAGUUUCUCCUGUAACCAGGAGGGAUUGAAUCUCAUCCCACAGGUAUAUUAAUAAUCUUUAUUUUGUAUGGAAAGAGUACAGUAGCUGUGCAAAAAUAGAACUACAGGACAAGACUAAUAUAGGACUUGUACAAAAUAUCAAAGAAAUGGUAAACAAUAAAUAAGCUAAAGUGUAAUGAUACAAACUGCAGAAGGAUGUGUAGAGCUGGGUACAGCUGUUCACAAUGUACACAGAACACUGUAAUCAAGCAUGAUGGGAAGAGCAUAAAGCUGAGCACUCCAACUGAAUUGCACUCAUAGGAAUGUCACUGCAGCAGUUCAUUUUCAGAAUGUUCUUGCCAAUAAAAACCCUCAUUUCUUCAAAAAUCAACUUCUCAACUUCAACCUGUCAUGCAACUGCACCUACACUUUUCCUCAAACUUUCACGUUCACUCCAUCCCUUUCUUGGUUUUCCCAUAAAAACAUUUACUAAGCAUUUCAUUGUUGUACCUUUUCACAAAUAAACUAUAAAUCAUUUUGCUUUAAGAUAGCACCCAAAGGUGAUUAGAUACCCUAUAUAAAGUGCGAUUAUUGUUAAUAGGCCAUAAUAUUGUGUUCUUCAGUGCAAUAACCAAUAUGGUCAAAGCCUCUCAAUACACAUGCAAAUGUCACUCAUUUUGUUUCUUCUAUUUACUAAAAAUAGUUAUAUUUACAUGUCAAAGUAUGGCUGCUUAUAGUUUACUCAUACACAAAGUAUUUAUGCUUCCUAAAUGUACAUCAUGCAACUCAAAUUAGAUCUCACUAGAAAAGUGAUAAAAUAAUUUGGUUUUUAAAAAUGCAUGCAUGUACAGCUCUGAGUAUUCUGCAGCAGAUUAUGUCCCUUAGCGCUGCUGUGAGACAUCAGCACGAAAGCAGCUGAGAGGCACAAGUACUAUGUGUGAGAUGCAAGAGAACCAAAAGACAAGACUGAAAGCCCUAGGUGAAAGGAAAUGCUUAUUUAAUGGUAACAUGGAAAGGAUUUCUC